AGCGCUUAACAAUUUACAAAAUAAUUGCUAGACCUGCAGAGAACAGAGUAAAAAUUGCUAAAAUGAAUUUAUUAGAACUUCUUAUCUUAAGUAUGCUCCUUAUGGCGACUGAAGUUGCUACAAAAACUGACAUCGAUUAUUGCAAACUUGGUUGUGCGAAACCCAAAAUGCAGCAUGCUGUUUGUGCUAAUCGCGCUAAGAAACUAAUUGCGAAUUGCCCAAAGGACACUAAGAUUUUAUCAUUAGAUGACAUGCAGCAUGUCAUAUUACAGCUACACAAUGAGCGGCGUGAAUUUGUGGCAAGCGGUAAGGAAGAAUUGCUACCGCCCGCUGCACGUAUGGGUGAACUAUACUGGGACGAAGAGUUGGCCAACUUAGCUGAAUAUAGUGUAAGACGUUGUCUCAUAAGCGAUCCGCAUUGCUACACUACACCAGCAUUACGAAAUCCGGGACGUAGUGCGAAUAUUUACAAGUACGAGAAAACAGAAGUCAAAUUCGAGGAGUUAGUGGCUUCACGCGUAGUUAAUUGGCUGGAUACAGCGACAGAGUGUACAGCAGAAAUAGCAGCUAACUUUCCAGAAGAUGUACCCGGUCAUGUCGACUUCUUCGCUCGUGCCAUAACGGAUAGCAAUAAUCAAGUGGGUUGCGCAGCAUCGGAAUGGACGAAGAAAUCGGAUAAAUAUUUUCUAUUGGUUUGUCUCUAUACGAAAGACGUGCAAGCGGGUACGCGGUUAUACAAGUUUGGACGCCCUGCCUCUAGAUGCUUGUCAGGAUCCAGUAAUCUGUACAAAAGUCUAUGCAGCACCGAUGAAGACUACAAAAUCGCUGAUGCAGUGCAAGGGCAUAGAAGGCUUUCGGAUUUUAGCUUCUUUUACAAAAAUGGCACAGGCUACAAUGCACCCGAAGGCAGUCUUUGGCAGCUAGUGAUGUGA